AUGAAUGAGAAUAUAGUGGAGGCAGAGGAAGCGGAGCUGGACACAGGCUUGUGCGUGUGUAAAGAUGGGCCAACCCUGGCCAUACUAAAGGAUGUACAGAGGAUGUAUGAAGAAAAGAUGAACUUGAUUGAAAGAAUUGGUGGAUCUAAGAAGUUGCAGCUACAACUAGAUGUACUCAGAGCGUGGGUAAACGAUCUGGUUGGUCAGAACACGUUACUGGUGCGUGCUGUCGAAGAUUUGGAAGCCGAAGCGACAACUAAAUUAGUGUAUGAACGCAAAAGACAGUCCGAGGUGGUGUCCGAGCUCCGGUCGGAACUAGCGGCUGUGCGCCGGCGUCUGGCGCGUAAAGAUUCUGACUUGCGCGGGCUCGUCGAAGUGUUGAGGCGACUGAGAGAAUUUGACAACUGCACGCUUGACGGUAUUCACUUCUUCGAAAUCACGGAGUCCGAUAUCUUCGGAUCAUUUGAGUGGCGACAAAAGAAAUUGACUGGCUAUCCGAGAUAUUCGAAGAAGGGCUGCGGCAAGUUGUGUGAAUUAAAACUGCUGAAUGAAACGCUGAAGAAGGAGAAUGUUGCAAAAGAUAGAGAAAUAAGACAGCUUAACAAAGAUGCUCAACAAUACGAACAGACGAUCUUGAAUUUACGGAAAGAGAUUUCACUCACCAAGUGUACUAAUACUCCCGAUGUGUCUAAGAGGGACGCCGAGGUAAUGGCCGGCAUGUGCUGCACCGGAACUGAGUGUGGCGACUGGGAGCCUGUAAAGGACUUCUCGGAGAUGUUGCAAGAUGAAACUCUACAAUUUCAGGAGCGAAUACAACAAAUGGAGUCCAAUCUUAAGUCGAGCAGCGACAGUGUACGCGCUCUUCGCAAGGUGAACGUAUCUCUGACUGAAGAGAUGCACGCCAUGCGACGGCUGUGCGCGGCCCUGGUCGAGGAGAAUCGGGCCGCCUCCGUACGUGCGCAGUUCAAGGAUGAUAUUAUCCGUGAGAUGCGUCGCCAGCUUAAACAGGCUAAAGCUAAGCUUAAGGAAACAUCUGAAGCGACAGAGUUGAAGCCCAAGGACUUCGUGAGCGGCGACGGCGAAUGUCCUCGUGGGUCGUCUGCGUCGUACGAAUCGGUGACGAUCGAAUGCGUACGCGCACAGCCGCGGCGCAAACGAGACGUUCCAUUGCGCGAGAGUCUGUUACAUCGUGACGCUACUGGAAAUGAUAGUUUAAUAAAAACGGAUAUAGAUCAUAGUAAUGUUCUUCGUGGGCAUACUGUCUCGUCGAAUGCUAUCUCGGAUGCAGCCACUUGCGAGGAGAUGAGAGCGUACGACUGUGGACACACUCAGGAAUCUGACGAUGAUGCUUUCCUUAACAGAGAGUGA